AGGGGAAGAGGAGGGGGUGCCCGGGGAAACCUGGGGCCCUUGGAUGGAAGGGGGGGGGAUGAAGCAGGCCAGGUUUGGAACAAACUGGGGAAGGAGGAGGACGGCUGUGAGGAGGGGCUCCAGGGAGGAGACGUGAGGCUGAAGGCGAAAGAGUGUUUGGGGGAAGGGACGCAAAAGCGCAGGUAUGGAGGCCGCAGCCCAGAAGGUUGCUAUGGGGCCAGGCUGGAGACCCCCGCCCCCGCCAGGGUGGGAUUCGGGGGCGGGACUACCAGGGGAAGCCGGGGUUCUCCCAAAUCCUGGAGCAGAAAGAAGGUAGAUUUGAUUUGGGCCAUCAGCGAGAGGAGGAAGGCUGAAACCGUUGCUGAGGGACCAGAGAGCUCGAAUAGAGGUGGACGGAGGUCCAGGCCCAGGAUUGGAAAAGCAGGGACACCAGGGAGUGAAGUGGAUCCGGGACCCAGGGAGGGCCGCCCCCCGGGCCUGGUGGCAUUAAGCAGGGCCCCUCAGCCCCCACCUCUUGCCCCACGACAUGAACCUUCUCUACCGAAAAACCAAGCUGGAGUGGAGACAGCACAAAGAAGAGGAGGCCAAAAGGAGCUCCAGUAAAGAAACAGCCCCCACAGGCCCAGUGGGGCCUGGGGCUGUCCCAGGGCCUGGGGUCCGAGUACGGGACAUUGCUUCACUUCGAAGGUCCCUCAGGAUGGGCUUCAUGACGAUGCCCGCAUCCCAGGAACACACCCCUCACCCCUGCCGAAGCGCCAUGGCCCCACGCUCUCUCUCCUGCCAUUCAGUGGGCAGCAUGGAUAGUGUAGGGGGUGGACCUGCAGGAGGUGGGGGAGGUCUCAUAGAGGACAGUAGCACCCGAAGACCCCCGGCUAAGCCCCGGAGACACCCCAGUACCAAGCUCAGCAUGGCAGGAUCAGGGGCAGAGACACCGCCAAGUAAGAAAGCAGGCUCUCAGAAGCCAACCCCUGAGUGCCGAGAAUCAAGCCGGAAGGUUCCACCACAAAAACCCAGGCGAAGCCCCAACACCCAGCUGUCUGUGUCCUUCGAUGAGCCUUGUGCCCCAGCCCCUUGUCCUCGAGGGGGGAACCUGCCGCUGCAACGCCUCAGCAGGGCUUCUCGAAUAGCCGGAGACCUGGAUGCAGGUGCCCAAGAAGAAGAGCCCGUGUACAUUGAAAUGGUGGGGGAUGUCUUUCGUGGAGGAGGACGAAGUGGAGGAGGCCCGACUGGGCCUCCUCUUGGAAGUGGAGGCCCAACCCCUCCAGCAGGUGCCGAUUCGGACUCUGAAGACAGCGAGGCUAUAUAUGAAGAGAUGAAGUACCCCCUGCCUGAAGAGGCAGGAGACGGCAGAGCCAACGGGCCUCCUCCGUUGAUGGUGCCCUCCCCUCCACAACAGCCUCAUGCCCUCCAGCCCCACCCUCACCCCCACCGCCGUCCUGCUUCAGCUCUCCCGAGCCGGAGGGAUGGGACACCCACCAAGACCACUCCUUGUGAAAUACCCCCACCUUUUCCAAACCUCCUUCAGCACCGCCCUCCACUCCUGGCCUUCCCCCAAGGCAAGUCUGCUUCACGAGCCCCUGGCGAUGGGGUCUCAAGGCUACCGGUCCUCUGCCACUCCAAGGAGCCAACUGGUUCCACCCCAGCUCCCCAAGUGCCUGCUCGAGAGCGGGAGACGCCUCCCCUGCCGCCUCCGCCUCCUGCUGCCAACCUGCUAUUGCUGGGACCAUCAGGCCGAGCCAGGAGCCACUCAACACCAUUGCCACCCCAGGGCUCAGGCCAGACCCGUGGGGAGCGGGAGCUCCCCAACUCUCACAGCAUGAUCUGCCCCAAAGUGGCAGGGGUACCGGCAGCCCACCCUGCCUCAGCUGCCUUGCUACCCGGCCCCCCCAAGGACAAGGCCGUGUCGUACACUAUGGUGUAUUCUGCGGUGAAAGUGACCACACACUCGGUCCUGCCAGCCGGUCCACCCCUAGGUGUUGGGGAGCCAAAGACAGAGGAGAUUUCAGUUCUCCAUGGAAUGCUGUGUGCCAGUUCCAGGCCCCCUGUACCAGGGAAAUCCAGCCCCCAUAGUGGAGCUAUGGGCUCAGCAGCUGGGGUCCUCCACCACCGUAGCUGCCUGGCCUCCCCCCACAGCCUUCCGGAUCCAACUGCAGGUCCCCUGACCCCUCUCUGGACCUACCCAGCCACAGCAGCUGGGCUCAAGAGACCCCCUGCCUAUGAUAGUCUCAAGGCUGGGGGGGUGCUGAACAAGGGCUGUGGAAUGGGAGCGCCAUCCCCCAUGGUCAAGAUCCAGCUGCAAGAGCCAGGGACUGAUGGGGGUGCCUUUGCCAGCAUCUCCUGUGCCCAUGUUAUCACCAGUGCAGGGACACCAGAAGAGGAAGAGGGGAUGGGUGCCGCGUUUGGGGCAGGCUGGGCUCUACAGAGGAAGGUCCUGUAUGGAGGAAAGAGAGCAAAGGAGCCAGACACAGAAGUGGAGGACGGUGCCCGGGCCUGGAAUGGCAGUACGGAGGGUCCAGGCAAAGUGGAGCAUGAGGACAGGGGUGCUGUGGCAUCAGGGAUCCCUGUGAGGAGCCAGGGGGCAGAGGGUCUGUUGGCCAGGAUCCACCAUGAUCGAGGAGGGAGCCGCACGGCGCUGCCAGUCCCUUGUCAGACUUUCCCGGCCUGCCACCGGAAUGGAGAUUUCACAGGAGGGUACCGCCUAGGCCGCUCUGCCUCCACCUCUGGAGUCCGACAGGCUGCGCUCCAUACCCCUCGGCCCUGCAGCCAGCCCAGGGUUGCCCUGAGCCAGACCCACCCUGUGCUGCCUCUGCCCCUGCCACCCCAGCCGGCCCGGGAGCGAGACGGCAAACUCCUAGAGGUGAUCGAGCGCAAACGCUGCGUGUGUAAGGAGAUCAAGGCGCGUCACCGCCCCGACCGGGGGCUCUGCAAGCAAGAGAGCAUGCCCAUUCUCCCCAGCUGGCGGCGGGGGCCUGAACCCCGAAAGUCCGGCACCCCGCCCUGCCGCCGGCAGCACACGGUCCUCUGGGACACUGCCAUCUGAGGAUGCAGGGGCGGCUUGGGACACUGGAUUGGAAGGGGAGGGUCCUGCCCAGGUCUACUUGAGACUUGAGAGAUGGGGAACUAGAAGAGGGUUCCUACUAGGCCCAUCGUGGGGACUUGAGGUGCCAGUAGCAUCCCAAGUAAUUUGGGGGAGGAGGAGGGUUUGCUUGAUGUUGGAAGGAGGGGUCUGAGCGUGUAGACUCCUUAUUGACCUGAAGGCCAAGGUGGAGAUCACCAUGGGAAAAGGCGGGGCUUGGAGGAAGUUGGGGUGGGACAUAUAAGAGAUUGACUGGAGCAACAGGGAAACAAGCUCUUUCAUUGAGAGCGGGGGAGUGGGGAAGGGUAUUUAUUUUGUUAUUUAUUUUAGUCUGGAGGGCAAUUCUGGGCCCUUCUGACCUACUCCUGAGCAGGAGGUGGAGAAACGAGGCUAAAUUUGCACUCUCCCCAAGGCCAGUGCCUAAAGACCUCCGCCAUCCUUGCCCGGCUAAAGAUUUAGCCGGAUGGGUCUGCUUGGGGAGCAGUCAGAGGCAGAGGCUCAGACAGUGACAGUAUUUAUAGUUUUCCCAGAAUUUGGUAGUGAGUGUGGUCUGCUGUAAAACAGGCGUUUUAUUUAGUUCUGGGGUAAGGGUCUAGCCAGGGACGGGUGGGAUGAUGGGGGAAGAG